AUGAGUUCCCCAGGAGGGUCCUUCCGGAGCGCCGCCCGGGAGCAGGGGGCCGUGCCCCUCGCUAUCGCAUCUUGCGGAGCAUCAGCCGCAGACCCCGCGCGCGCGCGCCGGGGAGCCCGGUCCGGCGGUGGCAGCGGCGGAGCCCAGCCCACAGGGGGCUGCCAGCGCCGGUGCGGCCCUCCGGGGCCCCCUCCGACUGCGGAGCGGCCCGACCGCAUUGCAGACGCGGGGCCCUCCAGCCCUUCCCGCGCCGCCGUCCUCCCGCCGGCCCCGGGACUGCCGGGGCCGCGCCGCCGUGGGGAGCGCUCCUCUCGCGCCCUGCGCGCCGGGCGGCUUCCCCGGCUGCGCGCCGGACCGGAGCGGGGUCCAGCGCGCUCCAGCAGCCUCUGCCUUCCCCUCCCCCUGUCAGCCGCCCCUCGGGUCCCCCGGGGGUGGGGUUUCCCUUCGCGCUCGACCCCCCCGCCCCCUCCCGGGCCCUCCCCUCCCCCGCCCGCCCCUAUGUAUGUGUCACCGCGCGCCGUACCCGCCCGCCCGCCCGCCCGCCCACCUACCUUUCCGCCUCUCCAGAGGGGGCUCGCAGAGCUGAGGACGCGCGCGGCGCUGCUCAAGGUCUCUCUCUCUCAGCACCCUCGCCGGCCGGCAUCUGACACGGGUGCCAGGGGGCUCCGGGCGCCUUUCAGCAUCCCUUCCCCAGGCCGGCCGGGACUCCGCUACCCAGACGCCGCCGCUGCGGCCACCGCCCGAGGGGACCUGCGGACAGGACGCCGGCAGGAGGAGGGGUGCGCAGCGCCUGCCCAGAGCGUCUCCCCCGCGGCGCGGCCAGACCCGGGCCUCCCGGCCCCAGGUGCCCCCGCUGUCUCGCCAAGUGUAUGGGACUGA